UAGAACUUUUCUCAAUGAAACGGGUUUGCUUAAACCCUUUAAGCAGCGGUGCGGAAAGCAUUCACUGACCUCGCAGCCACUCUGCUUUAGUCGCCGAGCAAUGGCCGUCGCCAAGAGAGUCGAAACUUACGAGGACUUCGUGAAAGUCCACGGCCUGCUACUCACGGCAUCUGGACUCCCUCAAUCGCUGCACUACCAGCUUUUCCGUAAACUCUCGUCGGAUACCUUCGACGGCGGCGCUCAUUUCAGAAUCGAAACCUGCGAUGGUCGUCAGAGGCGUCUCUUCCUCACCUCCGACUUCAUGCCCAAGGACUCCCACGUCUUCCUCGUCGACCACGCCUGGACUUUCCGCCUUUCCGACGCCUACCAACAGUUGCGGGAAGUUCAGGGAUUGGCAGAGAGGAUGGCCGCUUUGAUGUGCUUGGAAGAUAUGGAUUCGAAUUCCGAUCCCGAAGAGACCAAUGAAUCUGUAGACGGAGUUUCGCAUCAAACCGGUACCGAACUGAGAGUUGCAGAACUGGUUGAAAGUGAAAUCAAUACUGCCAAAGAGAACGGACAAGACGGCGCCGUUUUGUGGUUGGAGCUUGAGGAGCUUGACAUUGACGAUGACUUGCUGUUGUCCCUCGACUUAUCUAGUAGAUUCCCGGGUUUACUUGCGCUGAGUCUCUGCGGAAACAAACUUGAGAAUAUGGAAAUAGUUUCCCGGGAAGUUACUAAAUUUGGAAACUUAAGAGCGCUGUGGCUUAACAAUAAUCCUGUUGUCGACAAUUGCAAGGAGCAAUUAGCUGAUAUGGUUCUUCAAAGGUUGCCGAAUUUAGAAAUCUACAACUCACAAUUCACCGCCAACUUUGGGGAGUGGGCGUUGGGCUUCUGUGGAGGAGUGUAUGUAAAGGAUAAUCCAGGCAGAGUCCAUCAGGGUGACCGUCCAUUGGAGAGAGUGGCCUCUCUCGACCUCUCGAAUAGGUGUAUCCACAGUUUGAUCAAUAAGGCUUUUUCCCCUGUUGAGUUGCCAUCUCUAUCAUACUUGAAUCUGCGGGGGAAUCCGUUGGAACUGAAUUCAGGUGGUGACUUAUUGGAAGUCCUGAAGGGAUUUCCCUGCUUACAGUCUCUGGAGGUUGAUAUUCCUGGGCCCCUUGGAGUAACUGCCAUCCAAAUUCUUGAAUCCCUUCCUGAACUUUCUGAACUGAAUGGUGUCAAUGCCUCAAAGAUAUUAGAAACUGGAAAGCAUGUGAUUGACUCUAUGCUUCGGCCACGUCUUCCUAAAUGGACUGCUGAGGAGACUCUUGCUGAUCGUAUUAUAAAUGCGAUGUGGCUAUAUUUGAUGACAUAUAGACUUGCAGAUGAGGAAAAGAUUGAUGAAACCUCUGUAUGGUAUGUGAUGGAUGAACUGGGCUCAGCACUGAGGCAUAGUGAUGAGCCAAAUUUCAUGGUGGCUCCCUUUCUCUUCAUGCCAGAGGGGAAUCUGGCAUCAGCUGUGAGCUUUUCUAUUUUGUGGCCAACCCAGAAUGUUCAAAAAGGAGAUGAGUGUACCCGUGAUUUCCUUUUCGGUAUUGGGGAAGACAAACAACGAUCUGCUAGACUCUCUGCUUGGUUCCAUACUCCACAGAAUUACUUUAUCCAUGAGUACGAGAAACACAAUCAGAAAUUACAAUUGAGAAGCUUGAUCUCUCCAUCCAUUCAGUCUUCUACAACUAGUAGUAUACAUCGUACUGAUGAAUCUGCUUUAUGUGUUUACACUGAUAUUCCUCAAGUGGAAGAGUUAUUAACACGUCCAGAAUUUGUUAUCACAUCUGAACCAAAGGAUGCGGAUAUUAUAUGGACUGGUAUGCAGGUGGAUGAGGAUGUGAAGAAGGCUGCUGGAAUAACGGAUCAGCAAUUCAUAAACCAAUUUCCUUUUGAGGCUUGUCUUGUCAUGAAACAUCAUUUGGCAGAGACUAUUCAGAAGGCAUAUGGAUCUCCUGAAUGGUUGCAACCCACUUAUAAUCUUGAAACCCAUCUAGCUCAACUUAUUGGUGAUUAUUAUGUACGCAGUAGAGAUGGGCUUAACAAUCUAUGGAUCUUAAAACCUUGGAACAUGGCACGAACUAUUGAUACAACUGUCACUGAUAAUUUAUCUGCUAUCAUCCGUCUGAUGGAGACUGGGCCUAAAAUUUGCCAAAAGUAUAUUGAGCACCCUGCUUUGUUCAAUGGGAAGAAGUUUGAUAUCCGUUACAUUGUUCUGGUUCGGAAUAUGAAUCCUUUAGAACUAUUCCUUUCCGACGUUUUCUGGGUUAGAUUGGCAAACAACCCAUAUUCCUUGGACAAGCACAGUUUUUUCGAAUAUGAGACUCACUUCACUGUCAUGAACUAUCGUGGGAGAUUCAGUCAUAAAAACACUCGAGAGUUUGUGACAGAAUUUGAACAGGAACAUAAAGUUAAAUGGUUGGAGAUCCACCUGAGAAUAAGAAAGAUGAUACGGUCGGUCUUCGAGGCAGCUACUGCUGUACAUCCAGAGAUGCAUAGUCCUAGAUCGAGGGCUAUCUAUGGUGUGGAUGUAAUGCUUGAUAGCUCUUUCCAGCCAAAGUUACUGGAGGUGACUUACUGUCCCGACUGUACAAGAGCGUGCAAGUAUGAUACCGAAUCUAUAGUUGGAGGGGGAGUCAUUAAAGGUCAAGAUUUCUUCAAUGAUGUGUUUGGUUGUCUCUUUCUGAAUGAAACUACCCAUGUCAACCCAUUGUAAUUCUGAGGUUUUGAGAAUUAAAACAUCAUCAACUAUAGUGUUUUGCAGCAAA